GAAGCAACGCCGUCCUUACCUCUGGCGCCAGCUUCACACCAAGUAAACCCAGAGAGGUUAAUACUCACACACCGCCUCAUCAGUGCCCGUUAUCGUCAGGAACGCGUCAUCCAAUUUGAAAAGGCUCGCUUCAAUCCAGCAACAUGGCCGGCAACGAUGUGGAAAUGUCGCACAAUGAGAUGUGGGAUGACUCUGCGCUGAUAGAGUCAUGGAACGAGGCCCUGGACGAGUACAAAAAGUAUCACAGCAUCCACGCAAAGGGAGGCAAGCUCAAGGACCUUGAUCUUCCGGAGAAGACGGAAGAAGCCCAGACCGUCGACGACGCGCAAACGCAGGCCGUCGAUCAGCCAGAGAUCGCGGAUGAUGCUGCAGAGGGAACCGACAAAACAAAGGGGUUGAGCAGCACGGAUGUCCAGGACCAGGCAGAUUCAACAGGUGCGCCGCCUAUGGCAAAGGCUAAUGGCCCCCCAGGGCCUGCGACAAUGGGCCCGCAGAGUCUUCUCGGAUCAGUGCAAGACGAGGGCUUGAAGAGACUUUUGAUGUCGUGGUACUAUGCCGGCUACUACACGGGAUUGUACGAAGGCCAGCAACAGCAACAGCAGCAGCAAUAAUAGGGAUUA